CAGUCGCGUGACGCCACGCAGGACUUGACAUCCCCACAGCUAAGCCGAGCCCAGUCGGAACCAAACCAAAGGUAAGCUCCGGCAAGUGCUAGCGUGUGCGUUCCUGGGAAAGACUCGCCCAACUUUGUUUACUCACACUGGACCGACCGGUUCUGGUGUCUUUACUCAACGUAUUAGCUGCAGGGUUAGCAAAAAAGACACGAGACGAAGAGAGGAGACAAAAAAUGAAGGAUAAAGCAACUGCACGGAGCCCAUUCGUGUGAAUCAGCUUCAACAUCAAAUGAAGGACUUUGGAGACUUCAAGUGUGGAACUGUCCAUCAAGUAUGGCUGCCUUGACUUGGGCAGAGGACUUAGACUUCAUAGAGUGGACUUGUAGACUUUGUAGAGUGAUCUGGUAGCGUGCACUUGCAAACUUGAUAGACUUUUGGACAUUGUAGAGCCGGUCUUGAAGGACUUGAUGGAGGUGGUGAAGUGGACUUAAAGACUUGUGACCUUUGUCGAUGGAAAUCUGUUGUCUUUGAACUUGCAGACCUUGAAAGAUGUAGUCCUUUCCAAAGUGCACUUGUUGACUUGAAAAUUGUCGCUCAAGUUCCAAUUUGGAGGAGCAGACUUUCAGAUUGAGACGGUUGGGGAUGCAAUGGCGUCCAAGGAGUCUUUGUUGUCGGGCUUGUCUGCUCUGAAGGAUGGCGAUCCUCCUCCUUACAUCCACCCUCACUACAAGGAGUCCUACCGUCUGGCCAUCUACGCGUUGCUGUGCGGAGGCCAGGAUGCCUACAACGACUUCCUCCAGGCCGAGCAGAUCAACCACUUCCUGUCCGAGAAGGAGAUCUGCUUCAUCUUGGAGAACGCCGAGGUCCCCCUGAUAGAGGACGUUGAUGACGUGGAGGUGCGGCGCCCCGCAGGCGAGCCCGGACCGUCCACCUACUUCCCGCAGGAGUCGGACGAGGAGGUGCCCGACCUUGACCUGGGCUGGCCCGAGGUGACUCUGGAGGACCAGGACACCAGCAUCAGUUUACUCUUCCACCCGCCCAGGGCCAACACACCCACCAUCAAGGAGGUGGUCCGCAAGCAGAUCCAGGAUGCCAAGCAGCUGAUCGCCAUAGCCAUGGACGUCUUCACAGACGUGGACAUUUUCAAGGAGGUCCUGGGCGCCACGCUGCGGGGGGUGGUGGUCUACAUCCUCCUGGACGAGGCCCACUUUGGCAGCUUCCACGCCAUGUCGCACAGAGCAGGCGUCAACAUCCAAGACCUCAAGAACAUUCGCGUGCGGACGGUGCGAGGUCAGCAAUAUCGCUGUCAGUCUGGCGUCAAGUUUCACGGCGGCUUGGAGCAGCGAUUCAUCCUGGUGGACUGCCGCAGCGUUUUGUAUGGAACCUACAGCUACACGUGGUCUUUUGAGAAGAUCAACGUGAGCAUGGUACUGGUGGUCACCGGUCAGCUGGUGAGUUCCUACGACGAAGAGUUCCGUCGCCUCUACGCUCGCUCCACCGUCCCCGAAGCGUUAGAGGAGCGGUCGCGGGCCGAGUACCUGCGAGACGCGGCGCUCCUGCGUAGUCCAAACUCCAGCCAACUUUCACUGCAUCAAUUCCACGUUCGAUCUCGAGGAACCCGGGGCUUGAGGGCUCAGGAUGAGCUCUUGGAUUCACCCGCCAUGAUGACCAGGGGCCUCAGCAUGCAGGACCGCCUACAUCUGUCCCACUUUCCCGACCACAUGACAAGAGGCCACAGUUUUGGUGGAGAACUGCAGAGGUUAAACUCCAUGACUCGGCUGAGGAUGGGAACCAAAGACAUCCUUCCAGACAGGAGCCGUUCCGGCCUGCUGGUGCCCAACCGGAUGUCUCACCAACUUGUUCGACACCAAAGUCGCUACGGUCUGGAUCAGAAUCUGAUCCCUUUCAACUCCGAGACCUCCCUUCACAGGUGGAAGAUGGAUACGUACUUGAACAGCCAGGUGAACCUCGAUGGAGCGUACGACGCCUUGUCCCCGCUGACGUCGCCGUACAACAGCCGCACGGGACUCAACGACCAUCAGCCGCCGGGGAUCCACAACAGAUCCAGGGACAUCAAGUCCCGCUUGGACGAGAUCCGGCAGAAGAGACUCAGUUUACAGGAGUACAACAAUCUCAGGCAAAGCCAAGAGUCCUUGCGAACCAUGUACCAAAGUCUGGAUCGGCCCAAGUUCAAAUCUUCGUUGAGAGGCCUCGACGCGAGGCAGAACGUCGCGGAGGAGGACGCCAACCACAAAGAUCUCGAUUCGCAGCCGGUGGAUGACAGCAGCGGCUCCACUUUGUACUUUGACAUCCAAAGAGGUCCCGAGCAAAAGGCGAGCCCAGCGUAUGAAUGGUAUGAACCGCUUGCCAGGACUACUUCGGCCAGCCAACUGGAGGACAAACUCAAAGAGUCGCCCCUUAAGUACCCCGGUGGUCUCCAGCGCCCCAGAACCAUGGAGUCUCUCAUCGAAAUCCCAGAGGAGAAAGAAGGUUGCAGUAAUCCCGUCAAUAGUGCUGAUGUUCUCAAAGACAGAACCAGAAACCAAGACAAUAAUUCCAAAAAGCACUUGACUGAGAAAAAAUCAGGAUCUCAAGAGACAGAACCGGAUUCUCAAGAACUAAAGUCGCCUCGUGAAAAGGAAACUCUUCCAAAGAUCGUGACUUCCUCGGAGGUGAAAGGUCAUCAUCGGGAGGAUUCCACGCUUCAGCGGAAGAAUUCCACCAGAGUCAAAAGCUCAGAAGAAAAGAAGACUUCCAAGAAGGAGGAGAAGUCCCUCCAAAGGAAAGCCUCAUUGAGAUCUCAGAACUCUUCCACCUCAAACUCACGGGCGUCUCCCGUGGGAAAAACCGCCACCGAGCACCGAAGCAGCCAGAACUCCAUCGGCAGGUCCACGGCGGACAGCGAAAAGCCAAAGUCUUCGUUCACCUUCCACCGAUUUUCAUCUCAGCGCUCCAGCAAACGAAAGUCCAACCCGGCCACGACGGAGACGGCGCGGGAAAAUCCGGAAGAGCAGCAAAAUGCGGCUUACGAGAGCCGGCGGGAAAAGGCCUACAGUCGCUACGAGUACCUGCUACAUUCUAGCGUCCCUCGACACAAAGCCAAGCGAGGUGACGGAGUGCAGCUCUCAGACAACGACCCGGCGUACCAAACACACGCCGGCGGCGCUGACAACAAACUAGGACGGUUUAUGCAGCGGGUUGGGAAUCUCAUCGGGAAGAACAAGUAGACCGGAAGACGGUGAAUGUGGUCAGGUGCUCGCAAUCUUCUUGCUUUGAAGAGACACAAAUGCGACGUCUUGUAUCCCUCAACGCCGAGUUUCUCGGCCUGAUGGAAAUACAACGGAAUCUCUUUGACUAGACUUGACUUGGCUUGGUUUUUCAAGACAACUCAGGACAGACUUGAAACUUUACAAGUCACAUUUCAACUAUAAGCUAUAAAAACAAAACGACAUCUUCUACUUCAGCUUUAUUUGUUAACCGUACCACGGUAGCAAUGACACGUCCAUUUGAACACAUCUUAUAUUUUGAUUUGAUCGUGGCAAGAUUCUAGAUAAAAUAUUCCAGGCACUUGUUCCUCUCGUCAUCCAGUUCCUGGGUCUCAAUCUCAAACUUCUUCAUGGCGAUGAAGUACUGGACAAAGGGUUCCCCCAGGGCACUGCGGAUGACGUGGUCUUCGGCCAGGGCCUCCAGGGCGUCGUCCAGCUUGACGGGAAUUGAAAAUUCCUUCUGCUGACCGGGCGCCUUGUGCAAGCCGCCCUCGAUGGUCAAGUUGCGCCGGACGCCGUCCAGUCCGGCGGCGGCGGUGGCGGCCAGAACCACGUAGGGCCGUACGUGGCGUACAGCAUCCGCUUCGGGUCCUUCACGGCCUUGGCCAUGUGGCUCCGGCACCCGAGGCCCGGCGACAUCAGGCAGCUGAGGGCGGCCGAGUGCGUCAGGAGCCCGGCCAGCCACCGCCGGCCCAUGUCGGAGAGCUCGCCCGUCGCCUUCUCCCCGCUUUGGAACAGGCUACGGCGUCCGCCGGCGUCCCACAGGCUGUGGGAGAGCACGCCGGCGUUGUAGAGGCCGUCGUCCGUGAAGAAGCUUGCGAUGUAGCUGUGCUUGCGGGCCAUCUCCUUUUGUUGGCAGGACCAGAAACAAAGAGAGGAAAAGAAUUUUGCGCUACGCCGGACCCUGGGUCUGGAAAUAAAGCAGACAACUUUCAACCUUGAUGCCGGUGCGGAAGGUGAAGGCGCUGUCAGCUGCCGCGAUGCCAAAUUCGGGCCUCAGGUUGAUCUCCAUCUGGCCUGGCCCGCUGGCCGAGGCCAUGCUGUCUACGUCGGCGCCCAUGCAGUACAUGCCGUCCACCAGCUGCUGGAAGAAAGGCAGGUCGUGAUUACCCAGCAGCGUGGUGGCAGGAAACAGCAACGUCUUGGGCCCGAUGCGGUCCGGCGCCCCCAGGACGCAGCACUCGUAGGUGAAGGAGGAGCGCAGGGAGAAGCCCAGGCUCUGGAGCUGGCCCAGGAGCUGCUUGGCCAGGAGGCGAGGUGACGUCCGCAGGGGGCUGCCCGUCACCGUGCACGGGUCGCAGAUGACCCUCGCCGUCUGCUCGGCCCACGGGAGGAUACGGAAAGUGGACAGGUCCGGGAUCAGGAGGAUGUCACUGCUGAAGUUGGCGGCGUUGGCGUGGUCCACCUCGUUGCUCUUUGGACUCAGCGUCAGCUCCAGGUAGCUCCUCGGCAUUGGGAUUCCGUACACUGCCUUUUCCUGGAAUGAAGGUUAGAUAGAAUGUUGGAUGGAUGGAUGGAUGGAUGGAUGGAUGGAUGGAUGGAUGGAUGGAUGGAUGGAUGGAUGGAUGGAUGGAUGGAUGGAUGGAUGGAUGGAUGGAUGGAUGGAUGGAUGGAUGGAUGGGUGGAUGGAUGGGUGGAUGGGUGGAUGGGUUGGGUGUAGGUGAUUACAUGAAAGAAGCGGACAGGCACAGUCUUGGAUCUGGACACCCCGUGCAGGUCGGUGGCCUCGAAUCGUACAAAGUUGAUGUUCUCCCUGGCCAUCUGCUGCUUGAUGAUCUCCAUGCUGGAGAUGAACCUUUGAUUCCCUGACGCGUCCAGGUUCUCGUUUCCGUGAUCUACAGGCAAGAGUGGGCCUCUAACCGUAAGGCUCAUGUCUGAAAACGAUUUCUCAUCAUCUCUCCAAAACAUCUGCACAAUCCCCGUCGUAAAUCUGUCACAACCGACCUGUAUGAGGAGCUUUGGUCUCUCGGCGGGAGCCUCCGCUGUUGCAUAUGCGAGUCGGGAAUUCUAUCUGCCUAUUUGUGUUGGCAUCGGGCCUGAACGAGCUGGAUGACUCCAUGGUGGGAGGCACCUGAAUAGGAGAAUUCUCUCUGGAAGCAUCAGGCUGAGGUUUGAAGGUACUGAACGUUCUUUGUGGGCUGACGUCAGGGCUGCCGCCGCUGCCCCCGUGCAGGUAAGAGUAAGGACUUCCUCCAGGGUGGAGAGCCGCUCCGUCCUUCAGGAAACUCUUCAGUUGCUCCACAGUCUGCCUGUGCGGCGCCCGACUCAGAGGAGCCCGAAUCAAGUCCCCCCCGACGUCUGGUCCCUCCAUCGCGGGUAGGUCCAAUGGCUCAGUUGGGGGUCCACCAGAGAUAGGAGAGUCUGGAGGUUUGUGCGAGAUUCGGACCCAGUCGAUGGGGGGCGUGACUCUCACCCCUUUCCUUCUCUGCACGCUCAUUCCUGUGCCGUCCAUUUGGUCUUGGCUCCUACGUGGGCUUUUGCUUGAGUCCAUGAAGUGCGGAGUCGUCACCUUGGAAUCUUCAGAGUCAUUCAUUUGUACAUUUGAAUCAACUCUGCUUUGUGGAAUUUGAUUGUCAAGUGAGGUCCUCAGUGGGACAUUAAUUUUUAUACACAAUUGGUACAAUGGUGGAAGGUUCUUUUUUUUGCCUUCCCCGCCCCACUGCAGCUGGGGAUUGACUGGCUCCCACCCGCCGGACAGAGAAAUGACAUAACUUGGAACCAAUUGGUUGCCGCUGGUGACCAUUUAGGGGCCUUUUGUGUCCUAGCGGUGCAAAAAUGUCGAGCUCAGCUGCUUUCUGCCUUUCCAGAAAGACGGCAACCAAAGUGAGGCUUGCGUGUGGAGACAACAGGAAAGCGCCAGGAGCACAUAUAGCCACUUGGAUGGAUGCAUUUUGCACUAUAUAGACAGAAUGACACUCCAGGUUGCAUUGUUUGAUUGUUUCUGAAUGGUAGAUUUGAAGACUACAACAUAAAAAAAUAUAAAAAACAA